GCCCGCUGCCACCAUGGGAUGGUUUUCGAGCAACAAACCUGCUGAGACUCCAGACCCGACGUCGAGGAAAGACCGUCAGCGCUGCUGGGAAACUAGAGAUGCCUACUUUGCAUGUCUUGACACCGCCAAGGUCGUAAAGCCUGGCGAUGAGGGCACGGCGUGCGCGGAAACCAAGAAGACGUACGAGCAGAAUUGCGCGAAGAGCUGGAUCGACUACUUUAACAAACGACGUGUACUCGCCGAGCAACAGCAGGGGGUGCUGACCCAAGCCAACACUCAGGCCCGGUCUGCACGAAGUAGAUGAUGCAUCCACCUCGAUCAAGCAAUACCACACAUUUACGACCGUACAAGACAACACGCGGGUACUGCUUCACGGUGCUCGUUGCCCCGGACCUCCACAUAUGCAUACUCCUCGUUACCAUCUGUCAAUGGCCCUCUAUAAUGUUCCACGUUAAUAC